AUGUGUAACAGUAUCAGCUGGACCCCACUGCUGGUACUGGGGUGCCUCUUUUACCUCCUUCUGGGUGCUAUGGUGUUCCAGCUGCUGGCAGAAACACAUUUUUGGGACCAGUUCCAGCUGAAAAAGCUCAAGUUCCUGCAGAAUUACACGUGCUUGGACGGACAAGCCCUGGAGCAGUUUGUACAGGUCCUCAUGGAAGCAUGGGGAAAAGGGGUCAACCAAGAAGGAAACACUACAAAUCCCAGUAACUGGGACUUUAGCAACCCCUUUUUUGCAGGAACUGUUGUCACCACUAUAGUUGAGGUACUCUCUUUCCUUAAAACUAGUGUUUCUUCCAGCUAUCCUGUAAAGUCCCCAGAAAUGUGUAAUUACUGGACAGAGUACAGCUGCAAAUCAAUCCGCUACCAUGGGUUGUGUUUUCAGCUAAUCUACAGGUUCCUGAAGCUUAAUGUAGUUGAGCUUCCAAGCUUACGAACACCCCAUGAUGCCUGCAGCUUGACUAUAGAGCCUUUUCAUGUAGCUGUUUUCUUCUUUAUUUCCAGGUUAUCUGCCAGCACAGUGACAGGGCAGACCUGUGUGUUUUAUGCCUUAUUUGGAGAGCCCCUCAACCUGGUCUUCCUUAAUCAGCUGGAGAAAUCUCUCAAUGCUCAUCUGCUUACCCUGGAAAGAGGGGUGCAAAAGUGAGGGCGUGCCCAGGUGGUUCAAACACUGGCAGUCGCCAUCUUCCUGACCACUGGGACCUUGCUUUUCCUGGUGUUCCCACCAUUAGUUGUCAGUUAUGCAGAAGGCUGGAGCUACUGAGAAGGCUUUUACUUCACCUUCAUCACCCUGAGUACCAUUGGAUUUGGGGACUAUAUAGCAGACACAAAUCCCAACAAGCACUAUAUCCCCAUGUAUAGGAGCCUAACUGCAAUAUGGAGUGUUUUCGGCUUGGCCUGGCUGGCUCUGGUCAGUGUGGGAGCUGACUUGAUGGAAAGAUACCUUUGGUUAAAGUGGCACAAGUCUGACUUAAGCUUGGCAGAAGGAGACGCUACCAAAUUGGAAGAUGAACCUGAGCAGCCUAGAAUCCAUAUCCCUAGCUGAUCAAGGUAUAAAGAAAACAAUCCUGAAACUGCAUCUUCCAUCUGUAUCUCACACUAAGUGACCCCUCUGGAUAAAGGACUAAACCACGGGUUGUGGACCGUGUGGGGAGCUAGGGCCCAGCGGUCGGAAGAUUUCAGGAUGUAACAGAAAGAUAGUCACCCCCCCUCCUCAAUAGCUUAUGGUAAUGACCCCCAUAAUUAGCCAGUAGCACCGAGCUGUGAUGAAAGCAGACGGGAGUGACACUGUGAACCUAGGUUAUAAAGUGUCAAAUUCUUCACCAAUAAAUGCCAUUUUGCCAUCCAUCACGUUGAUGUUCUGUGCAAAUGGACCGAGUGACCUGAGGGG